GCUCAGCUCUUCCUGAGCUCACUCUUGUCGUUGGCGUUCGCGUUGACUGGCCAGAGUCCGCGAGCUGAGCACCCUCUGCCUCUCCCUGCCUGUUUUUACCCCCUCUCUCCCAUCACUGCAGCCCCAUUCAUCUCCCGCCUGCCCUCCGGCCUACAAGCCCCUGGUUCCCCUCUCUACUUCCUGAUCUGAUUCUGGCAUCUGAUUGGCCAUGGCGUACCAUAGCUUCCUGCUGGAACCAAUUAGCUGUCAUGCAUGGAACAAAGAUCGGACCCAAAUUGCCAUGUGCCCCAAUAACCAUGAGGUCCACAUCUAUAAGAAAGACGGGACCAAGUGGACCAAAAUCCAUGAGCUGAAGGAGCACAACGGACAGGUCACAGGUAUUGAUUGGGCUCCAGACAGCAACCGCAUCGUCACUUGCGGCGCUGACCGUAAUGCUUACGUGUGGACCCUGAAAGAAGGAACAUGGAAGCCCACCUUGGUCAUCCUCAGGAUCAACCGGGCUGCUCGCUGCGUGAAGUGGUCACCAAAGGAGAACAAGUUUGCCGUCGGCAGCGGCUCGCGGCUCAUCUCCAUCUGCUACUUUGAGCAGGAAAAUGACUGGUGGGUGUGCAAGCACAUCAAGAAGCCGAUCCGUUCUACAAUCCUGAGUUUGGACUGGCAUCCUAAUAAUGUCCUGUUGGCUGCUGGAUCCUGUGACUUCAAAUGCAGGGUGUUCUCAGCCUACAUAAAGGAAGUAGAGGAGAAGCCUGGCCCAACUCCUUGGGGCAGCAAGAUGCCGUUUGGGGAGGUGCUGUUUGAGUCUGGAGGUUCUGGAGUGGAGGGUCCAACCUCGGGAGGAGGCGGCGGCUGGGUCCACAGCGUGUGCUUUUCGCAUUCUGGCAACCGUCUGGCCUGGACGUCCCACGACUCCACAGUGUCCGUGGCCGAGGGAGGGAAGACGGGCACGGUGACCAGCCUGAGCUCUGAGACUCUUCCUCUUCUGUGUGUCACCUUCAUCACUGAGAACAGCUUAGUUGCUGCUGGUCAUGACUGCUACCCGGUGCUGUUUGUGUACGACGGUGCCAAAGCCAGCUUGACCUUUGGUGGCAAGUUGGACGUUCCCAAGCAGGCAGCCUCAAAGGGCAUCAGUGCCAGGGAACGUUUCCAGAACCUGGACCGUCGAGCCUCUGAGACCCAGAGCACCGAGAAGGACUUGAACACGCUCCACAAGAACAGUAUCAGCCAAAUCUCAGUGCUGGAGGGAGGAAGAAACCAGUGCACCAAGUUCUGCACCACUGGCAUGGAUGGAGGAAUGGGCAUCUGGGAUGUCAAGAGUCUGGAGUCCGCUAUGAAGGAUCUGAAGAUAGUGUGAGCUGAACUACGCAUUUCACCACCAAAGCUUCUGGAGACAUGAAGAAAUCUGCUUAUGUAUUACAAAAAGCUUUUUCGCUGUAUUUUAUUCAAGUAUUCCUUUAUACACGUAGUGAAACGAUCAGUUCAAUUCGAACAGUGUCUGUAGUCCCUCUGAGGCUUUUUGCUGGCUCAUUUGAUUUGUUGCUGUACAAGAGGGACUGACCUCAGGUCUGCAAAUGGUACUUUAUAAGCUCAAUUAGUAUUUUUAAAGGAGCUGGAUGCUUAAAGUAGCUUUUAUAUGUUUUAAUCACAGAAGAAAGGCUGCAGUACUUGUAUUGAGAGCUUAUGCUGGUCAUAACAUGCCUUUAAUAAAUGAUUGCAGUUGAAGUGCUCAACUUUGCAUGAGUCUGCA